AUGGUAGACUAUGUCUCCUCAGAUCAUAUAUAUGGAGUGGUAGGGAAAUCCUCCUCCGGAGUUGAUGGUGAAAACCUCUUCCAUGUAGCGGAGUUGAUGACUAUGGGUCUGACUGGUUUAACCGCUGCGGUUGCGCAACAAUACCGGGCAAGAGAAUUCACCUCGUACUCGGAGUUGAUGCAAAUCCUCCUUGUGGCUGAAAAAAAUAAUCAGCUUGUGAUGUUAAACCAUCAGCUCCGUCCAACUGGAUCUGCGCCAUUCCCUGAAGCGAAUGUUGCGUCAUCCAGUCACACUAAAAAGCCUGAACAUGAACGCAGACACGGCAAAGGCCGUGUCGCGGUCGAGGUCGUGGACGUGGAAGAGAAAGUGAUGAUGGUCGAGCGGUAA